UGUUCAUUGUUCUUGUUAAUGCUGAUGUUGGUGUUGUUCACCAUGACGUGAUGAUAGUCCACUACGUUCAUAAAUUAUAUGAUCAGUUUAGUUUGAAUGAUUUAAAUAAUAUCCGUUAAAUAAAGCUCGUCUAUAUGCGGGAGCGAGAGUACGAGGUUCGUUAUUACGUUGCACGAGAAGGGUGUCUGUUGGACAGCGCGGCACCGCGGGUACCACCCGAUGUGCCACCGCGCAAUCCCACAAUGAGCCGGCUGAACGGCAGGUUGCCAGGAAGCCACGCGGCCAACGACCACGAGCGAGACCCCGACUUGGAGCCCAAUUGCCUCGUACGCACCCCGUCCGGCAACUUUUACAACAUAUCGAAGAAACCUAAGAAUGAUUACAACAAUAAAAACCAAUCAACGGGAAACAGUCCAAUAAAAGUCGAGUUACAAAACAACAUGGACAGGGUACCACUUCCUUACGGACACGCCUCCUCGAUGAUCCCGAUGAGGAGGCAGAGCAUCCGUUGUCAUUUUCGCAAGGGCGUCGACUGGUGCAGCUGGAAAAUCAUCGCGAUUGUCGUGAUAAUGGUCUCGCUGUGCCUACUCGCGGCCCUCACUUACGUAACAGCAUCGAACAUGGUGAACUGGUACCAGGGCACGAAGGCUUGCACAGUGCUGGUCGACGACGGCAAGCCCGGGGGCCCGGACGCGGCGAAAAGCAGCGGCGGCGCCGGUGGAGGAGGCCCCGCCGGCAACGGUACCGCAACGUCACUGGGGCCCAGCUCCGCGGGCAAGCGCCAGCCAUCUAACGCCGGAGGUGGCAGAACAUUCCCGGGCAGGUCGUUCCCACCGGACGGCACGACGUUCACCCAGGUGAGCUUGGGCCAGCACCUGAACCGGGAAAUCCCGGCCUACAGUUACUGGAACAUGCAGUUCUACCAGUCGGAGCCGGCCUACGUGCGCUUCGACUACAACAUAACCCGGGGUGCGAGCAUCGGCGUGUACGCCCGCAGAAACGCCCUGCCGACCCACACCCAGUACGACCUCCUCGAGGUGCUGAGCGGCUUCAAGGCCAGGACAACCCGAGCCUCGCACGUAAGUGAUUUUAUUGAGGUGACGCACUACAUGGAGCCGGGCCAUUGGUUCUUGUCGUUGUACAACGACGACGGGGAUCCCCAGGAGGUGAGCUUCAUCGCGGUGGUGGCCGAGGACAUGACGCACAACUGCCCGAACGGGUGUAGCGGCAAGGGCGAGUGCCUGCUCGGCCAUUGCCAGUGCAACCCGGGCUUCGGCGGUGAGGACUGCAGCAAGAGCGUUUGCCCGGUGCUGUGCAGCCAACGGGGCGAGUACAUAAACGGCGAGUGCCAAUGUAACCCCGGCUGGAAGGGCAAGGAGUGCUCGUUGCGCCACGACGAGUGCGAGGUGCCGGAUUGCAACGGGCACGGCCACUGCACCAACGGCAAGUGCAACUGCGUGCGCGGCUACAAGGGCAAGUUUUGCGAGGAGCCGGACUGCCCGCACCCGAGCUGCUCGGGCCACGGCUUUUGCGCCGAGGGUGGCGCGUGCAUCUGCAAGAAGGGCUGGAAGGGCGCCGAUUGCAGCCAAAUGGACAAGGAGGCGCUGCAGUGCCUGCCCGGCUGCAGCGGCCACGGGAGCUUCGACCUCGAGACCCAGACGUGCCUGUGCGAGCCCAUGUGGUCCGGGGACGAUUGCUCCAAGGAGCUGUGCGACCUCGAUUGCGGGCCACACGGGCACUGCGUCGACAACGCCUGCGACUGCCUGGCCGGCUGGUCCGGCGAGCUCUGCAACCUCAAGCAGUGCGACCCGAGGUGCAACGAGCACGGCCAGUGCAAGAACGGCACCUGUCUCUGCGUCACCGGCUGGAACGGCCGCCACUGCACCAUGGAGGGCUGCCCGAACUCUUGCUCCGGCCACGGCCAGUGCAAGGUCAACUCGGACGCCCAGUGGGAGUGCAAGUGCUACGACGGCUGGAACGGCAAGGACUGCAGCGUCCACCUCGAGCAGGACUGCAGCGACGGCCGCGACAACGACAAAGACGGUCUGGUUGAUUGCGCGGAUCCGGAGUGUUGCGCGAACCCGGUCUGCCGGGGCAGUCAGUUGUGCGUCUCGGCGCCCAAGCCCAUCGACAUACUGCUGAGGAAGCAGCCGCCCGCUAUAACGGCCUCGUUCUUCGAGAGAAUGAAAUUCUUGAUUGACGACGGUAGUCUGCAGAACUACGCCCGUCAGGAGACCUUCAACGAAAGUCGGUCAGCGGUGGUUCGCGGACGAGUCGUCACCUCACUGGGAAUGGGUCUGAUGGGCGUGCGCGUGAGCACGAGCACGCCCCAGGAAGGCUUCACCCUCACUCGGGACGACGGCUGGUUCGACCUUUUGGUAAACGGCGGUGGAGCCGUUACCCUGCAAUUCGGACGCUCGCCCUUCAAGGCCCAGAGCCACAUAGUCUUCGUGCCCUGGAACGAGGUGGUGAUAAUCAACAAGCUCGUCAUGACGACGGCGGACGAGAAGCCACUGGUCCACGUGACGCACAGCUGCGCGGCUCACGAUUACGACCUCAUGAAGCCCGUGGUGCUGGCCACGUGGAAGCACGGCUUCCAGGGCGCGUGUCCGGACAAGAGCGCCAUCCUCGCCGAGUCCCAGGUCGUCCAGGAGAGCAUUCAAAUUCCCGGCACCGGGCUGAACCUCGUCUACCACAGCUCGCGAGCCGCUGGUUACCUCUCGACCAUCCAGCUUCAACUCACCCCCGAUGUCAUCCCACCGACUCUGAACCUCAUUCACUUGAGGAUCACGAUCGAGGGUAUCCUCUUCGAGAAGACCUUUGAGGCCGACCCGGUCAUCAAAUUCACUUACGCCUGGAACCGUCUGAACGUUUACCGUCAGCGCGUGUACGGGGUGACGACAGCUAUGGUCAAGGUCGGCUACGAGUACAGCGACUGCAAGGACGUCAUCUGGGACGUGCAGACGACGAAGCUCAGUGGCCACGAUAUGUCGAUCUCCGAGGUUGGCGGCUGGAACCUGGACAUCCAUCACCGGUACAACUUCCACGAGGGCAUUUUGCAGAAGGGCGACGGUUCAAAUAUUUAUCUGAAGCACAAGCCUCGCGUUAUUCUGACGACGAUGGGUGAUGGGCAUCAGAGGCCACUGGAGUGCUACGACUGCGACGGACAGGCGUCGAAGCAGCGACUGCUCGCCCCUGUCGCUCUGGCCACGGCUCCCGAUGGCUCCAUCUUCGUCGGCGACUUCAACCUCGUCAGAAAGAUCUUGGUCGACGGCACCGUGAGGACCAUUGUUCGGCUAAAUGCCACCCAUGUCUCUUACCGGUACCACAUAGCUCUGAGCCCGCUCGACGGUUCGCUGUACGUCAGCGAUCCCGAGUCUCACCAAAUCAUCCGAGUGCGCAACACCACCGACUACUCGGACCCCGAGCACAAUUGGGAAACGGUGGUGGGCUCAGGAGAGCGUUGUCUGCCUGGUGACGAGGCUCACUGUGGUGACGGUGCCCUUGCUCGAGACGCCAAGCUCGCCUAUCCCAAGGGCGUUGCCAUCUCGGCCGACAACGUGCUUUACUUUGCUGACGGUACCAAUAUCCGUAUGGUUGACAGGGACGGCAUCAUCACCACCAUCAUCGGCAAUCACAUGCACAAGAGCCACUGGCGGCCGAUUCCCUGCGAGGGCACGCUCAACGUUGAGGAGGUCCACCUGCGCUGGCCCACAGAACUGGCCAUCAAUCCAUUGGACAACUCGCUACACAUGAUCGACGACCACAUGGUGCUCCAGCUGGCACCGGACGGUCGCGUCAAGGUUGUAGCAGGGCGUCCACUGCACUGCGCCUCGCCCUCGACUACCUUCGACACCGAGCUAGCGACCCACGCGACCCUCGUCAUGCCCCAGAGCAUUGCGUUCGGGCCCUCGGGUGAUCUCUACAUCGCCGAGAGCGACUCGCAGCGCAUCAAUCGCGUCCGAGUGAUUGGCACCGAUGGCAAGAUAUCCGCCUACGCCGGGGCCGAGUCCAAAUGCAACUGCCUGGAGCGUGGCUGCGACUGCUUCGAGGCCGACCACUACCUGGCCUCGACCUCCAAGUUCAACACCAUAUCCGCGGUGGCGGUCAGCCCCGACGGGGUCGUUCACAUCGGUGACCAAGCCAAUUACCGAAUUCGCUCCGUCAUGGCGAGCAUACCCGACGCCAGCGGUGCCCGCGAGUACGAGAUCUACUCGCCAGACACCCAAGAGAUCUACGUGUUCAACCGGUUCGGCCAGCACAUCGCCACCAAGAACAUCCUCACCGGAGAGACGGUCUACCUGUUCGCCUACAACGUUAACACGAGCAACGGCAAGCUGAGCACGGUCACCGAUGCCGCGGGCAACAAGGUCUUUCUCCUGCGCGACUACAGCGCCCAGGUGAACUCGAUCGAGAACACCAAGGGCCAAAAGUGCCGGCUGCGAAUGUCGCGCAUGAAGUUGUUGCACGAGCUGAGCACCCCCGACAACUACAACGUCACCUUCGAGUACCACGAGCCCACGGGCCUUCUCAAGACGAAGCUCGACUCAACCGGUCGCAGCUACGUCUACAACUACGACGAGUUCGGCCGAUUGACGAGCGCGGUAACCCCGACCGGUAAAGUCAUCAGUCUGACCUUCGACCUGAGCAUCAAGGGUGCCACAGUCAAGGUCGGCCAGAACGGGCGCAAGCCCGUGUCGAUGCUCAUCAAAGGCUCGUCCGUCGUCACGAAGAUCGGCGAGGCCGAACAGCGCACGACCGUCCUUUCGACCGACGGCAGCGUCAGCCGCAUGAUGCCGUGGUCGCACACCGUCAGCACCGACACCAUGCCGUAUGCGAUCCUUGGCGAGAUCGAGCCCCUCCUCGGCGAAAGCUACCCAGUGCCGUCCAAGCAGCGAACCGAGAUCGCCGGAGACCUGGCCAACCGCUUCGAGUGGCGGUACUUCCUGCGCAAGGUGCAGGCCAACAAGAGCCGUGGUGCCGCCGCGGCGGGCACACCUACCAACAAAGCCAUCGCCCAAGUUGGCCGGAAGCUGCGCGUCAACGGGGACGUACUUUUGUCGCUCGAGUAUGACCGUGAAUCCAACACCGUGGCCGUGUUCAAGGAUGAUCGCGUGGAGCUGCUGAACGUGACGUAUGACAAGACCGCGAGGCCGAUCAAGUGGGGUCCACGAGGGGACAUAUUCGCGGGCGUCGAACUCGAGUACGACAGAUUCAGUAGAUUGGUCAGUUGGACGUGGGGUGACAUCAGCGAGACGUACGGCUUCGAUCAGGCUGGCAGGCUGUACGAGAUCAAGUACAGCGACGGCACGUCCAUGGUCUACGCGUUCAAGGACAUGUUCAGCAGUUUGCCACUCAAGGUCACCACGCCAAGGGGUAGCGAUUACCUGCUCCAGUACGACGAAGCCGGUGCUCUGCAGUCCCUUACAACGCCAAGGGGACACAUACACGCGUUCUCGCUGCAGACGUCGUUGGGCUUCUACAAGUACCAGUACUAUUCGCCGAUGAACAGGCAUCCUUACGAGAUUCUGUACAACGAUGACGGACAGAUCCUGGCCAAGGUCUACCCGCACCAGAGCGGCAAGGUCGUUUACGUGUACGAUCACAAUGGCAAGCUGGAAACCACCCUGGCCGGCCAGUCGUCGACGCACUACACGUACCAAGAGACGACGGCCCUUGUGCGCAGCAUCGACAUCAACGAGCCGAACUUUGAGAUGCGCGUCGAGUACAAGUACCACGCGGGCAUCGUCAAAGACGAGAAGAUCAAGUACGGGAGCAAGAGUGGCCUGGACAACGCGCACUACCGUUACCAGUACGACGGCAACGCGCGAAUAUCUGGCAUCGACGUUGAUAUCAACGGCAAGCAGCUUCAACAGAUCCGGCUCAAGUACGAUCAAAAUCUGGGGAUCCUCGAGGCCGUGAACGACUUGAGGGUCCACAGGAAUACCUUCAAUCGGUCGGUCAUGCAGGACUCGAGCAAGCAGUUUUUCACAGUCACGGAUUACGACGAGCACGGCAGAGUCGAGACGAUUCUGAUGAACAUCAAGUCGAUGGACGUGUUCAAAAUGGAACUCGAAUACGACAACAGAAAUAGAAUCAAGAUGCGCAAGCUGAUGAUUGGUAAUUGGACGAGGAUAGACAAGAUCACGUACAACGCGGACGGCCACGUGCUGGAGGUCGUGGACACCGACAUCUCGUGGCAGUACGCGUACGACGAGAACGGCAACGUGAUCGGCGUGACAGAGCGCAACGAGAAGAUCACCCUGGGCUACGACAGCGGCGACCGGGUCGUCCAGUACGGUGACGUCGAAUUCAACUCGUACGACCAGCGUGGCUUCGUCGUCAUUCGAGGCGAGCACAAGUAUCGCUACAACUCGAGAGGUCAGCUGAUCCACGCGGCCGAGCACAAGCAGUUCCAGAUCUGGUAUUACUACGACGACAGGGGCCGGCUCGUCGCGUGGAACGACGACAGGGAGAACGUCACGCAGUUCUUCUACGCGAAUCCCAAAACGCCGGAUCUGAUAACGCAUCUGCACUUCCCCAAGAGCCAAAAGACAUUCAGGUUCCUGUACGACUCGAGGGACUUUUUGAUGGCGGUCGAGACGUCGGAGCAGCGGUUCUACGUAGCCACGGACCAGAAUGGCUCGCCGAUCGCGCUCUUCGACAUAAACGGCAACCUCUACAAGGAGAUGAGGCGCACGCCCUUCGGUAAAAUCAUCAAAGACACGAACCCCGACUUUUACCUGCCCAUCGACUUCCACGGUGGUCUCUUCGACCCGACCACCAAGCUCGUCUACCUGAACAAGAGGCUAUACGACCCGACCGUCGGCCAAUGGAUGACACCAGCCUGGGAACAGAUGGCCAACGAACUAACGACCCCGACCGACAUCUUCAUCUAUCGCUUCCGCAACAACGACCCCAUCAACCUCAAACAAAACGUCGAAUACAUGACCGACCUGACGGCCUGGCUCAAGCUCUACGGCUACGACAUAAGCUCGAUGCUCGGCUCCGAGUACACGAAGCUCAUGGUCUACCAGCCCAGCGCGACCAUCACCUCGCCCCAACUGACUCCCGGCUUCGGUGUGAUGAGCGGGCUGCAAUGCAUCGCCAACCGCGUGCACGAGAAAUUCUCGGAGCUCGGUUUUGUGCCCAAACCGCUGCUCAAGCUCGAGCCCAAGACCCGCAAUCUUCUGCCGCGCGUGGCCCACCGGCGCGCUGUCUUUGGCGAGGGUAUACUCGUCUCGCGGAUGGGCGGCCGAGCCCUCGUGAGCGUCGUCGACGGCGUCAACAGCGUCGUCCAGGACGUCAUCACUUCGGUGGUGAACAACUCGUACUUCCUGCCCCUCCACUUCAGCGUCCACGACCAGGACGUUUUCUACUUCGUGAAAGACAACGUGCUCAAGAUCCGGGACGACAUGGAGGAGCUCAGGCGGCUGGGCAGUAUGUUCAACGUGUCCACGCACGAGACCACGGAGCACGGGGGCGGCGGUGGUACGUACAAGGAGCUGAGGCUGCACAGCGCGGACGCGGCAGUGGUGAUAAGGUACGGGGCCGAUCCCGAGCAGGAGCGCCACAGGAUAUUAAAGCACGCGCACAAGCGAGCGGUCGAGCGAGCCUGGGAGAUCGAGAAGCAGUUGGUGGCCACGGGCUUCCAGGGCCGGGGCGAUUGGACCAAAGAGGAGAAGGACGAGCUGAUCAGCCGGGGUAUCGUCGAGGGGUACGAGGGCGUCGACAUACACAGCGUGCACCGCUACCCCCAAUUAGCCGAUGAUCCGGGCAAUGUUAUGUUCAAUCGCGAUACAAAGAGGAAGAGGCGAAAGAGCGGCGGCAGUCAGCGCAAGGGCAGGUCCUACAGGCACGACUCGUGACUAGAGGAGGAGGAGGAGGAGGAUGACGAUAAUGACGA